ACCGCCGCCACCGCCGCCACUGCUACCGCCUCCACCACAAAUAAUCAUAGUACCGUCGCGUACCUCGAGUAGUCGCCGAGUACCUCGGAGUGUCCAGUGUCCGCGAAUCCGCGAAUGCGAAGUACGGUCCGGACGCGCUUCGUUGCCGGCCGCCUCUCGUCACGAUGCUACUCGCGGUGAUCGCACUCCUCUCCCUCGGCGCCGGUACGACCACCGCCGAGAUCUUCACCAACACCUUCCUGGUGAAGAUGCGGCAGCCAGCGGAGAGGCACGUAGCCGACCGCGUAGCGCUCAGAAACGGAUUCGUCAAUCUCGGACCGGUUCUGGGCAGCCAGACGGAAUAUCACUUCGUACACAGAGCUUUGCCGCACGUGCGAAGCAAAAGAUCCGUGCCGCAUAUGCGAAGAUUAAAGGUCGAUCCUUUGGUGGAUACGGCCAUACAGCAGGCUGGCUUCAAGAGGGUCAAGAGAGGCUACAAGCCCCUGAGCGUAGACAACCUCGUACCCUUGUAUGAAAUAAAAAAUCCGGGUAAUCCCGGGAACAAAGACCCGACGGAUCCCUUCUUCAAGUAUCAGUGGUAUCUGAAGAAUAUCGGACAAAAUGGUGGCAAACCGAAGCUGGACCUGAAUGUCGAGGCCGCCUGGGCUCAGGGUGUCACGGGGAAGAACGUAACGACGGCUAUCAUGGAUGACGGUGUCGACUACAUGCAUCCUGAUCUGAAGUACAACUAUAACGCGAAAGCUUCCUACGACUUCAGCAGUAACGAUCCUUAUCCCUAUCCUAGAUACACGGACGACUGGUUCAACAGCCACGGUACAAGAUGUGCCGGCGAGGUCGCAGCCGCGCGUGACAACGGGGUGUGCGGUGUCGGAGUAGCAUAUGACUCGACAAUCGCCGGAAUCAGGAUGCUGGAUCAACCUUACAUGACCGACCUGAUCGAGGCCAACAGCAUGGGCCACGAGCCUGAUCUCAUAGAUAUUUACAGCGCCUCCUGGGGACCGACGGAUGACGGGAAAACGGUGGACGGACCGCGGAACGCAACCAUGAGGGCUAUUGUUCGCGGCGUUAAUGAGGGUAGAAAGGGCUUAGGUAACAUUUACGUCUGGGCUUCCGGAGACGGCGGGGAGGAGGACGAUUGCAACUGCGACGGCUACGCUGCGAGCAUGUGGACCAUUAGUAUUAAUAGCGCCAUUAACGACGGACAGAACGCUCACUACGACGAGAGUUGUUCCAGCACCUUGGCUUCUACCUUCAGCAACGGUGCUAAGGAUCCUAACACGGGGGUGGCCACCACGGAUCUGUAUGGAAAAUGCACGACGACUCACAGCGGGACGUCCGCCGCGGCGCCGGAAGCCGCUGGAGUAUUUGCGCUUGCACUCGAAGCUAAUCCGCAGUUAACGUGGAGAGACAUCCAACACUUGACCGUCCUAACUUCGAAGAGGAAUUCUCUGUUCGACGCUAAGAACAGAUUUCAUUGGACCAUGAAUGGCGUCGGGCUCGAAUUCAAUCAUCUCUUCGGAUAUGGCGUCUUGGACGCAGGUGCCAUGGUAGCGUUGGCUAAGAAAUGGAAAACGGUACCGCCGAGAUACCACUGCGAAGCCGGCUCUAUGCUCGACACGCAGGAAGUCACGAGCGAUCGAUCCAUUCUCGUGACGAUUAAGACAGAUGCGUGCGCCGGUACGGAAUACGCCGUCAACUAUUUAGAACACGUACAAGCCGUUAUAACCGUAAAUGCGACUCGGCGCGGUGAUCUUGAGUUAUUCCUUACAUCUCCGAUGGGCACGAGAUCUAUGAUCUUAAGUCGCAGAAUAAACGAUGACGAUCAUAGGGAUGGUUUUACGAAGUGGCCGUUUAUGACGACGCACACAUGGGGCGAAUAUCCUCAGGGAACCUGGUUGUUAGAGGUAAGUUUCAACACUCAGACGCCACAACACGGAUGGCUGAAGGAAUGGACAUUAAUGCUGCACGGUACCAAAGAACCGCCGUACACGGGACUGUCAGCUGCGGACCCUCACUCGAAAUUAGCGAUCGUGAAAAAGGCCCACGAGGAGCGACUGAGCGCGAUCUAGAUGAUAUUGACGAUUUCACGCGAUAUUCGCCGAUACAGGCGAGGAAAAUGGAAAAUGGAUCUUGGAUCGAAAGAUGUUUACGCGACCGCUCCUUUCUCGAUUUGCCGAUUUUGUUGAUCAAACGUAGGUGAAGUGUAGCCCUCGAUUUAAGAUCCGAUUGUAUUGCCAUCACCCGUGCCAAUUAUCGCCGGCACUCAUCUAUUAUUUCAGCAUUAAUUAAGACUCACUCGUAUGGAAUCGUCCGAACAGAAGCAGACUUUUAGAUACUUUUCAUUGCACUCACGUUUGCCGAGUCACAUUGUCUAGUCCUAAUUACGACACGUCAUGUAUCUCUAUGUAAUUAUACAUCAUAUCGAGAGAAGUAUCAAUUUACAAAAAUCAUACCCGCGUUGACACCUUUCCGAAGAGUUCUCGAGUUGACGAGCGGAAUUUUAUGAUUGGGAGUAGAAGCGAAGAGAGAACUAUGGAAGAAAGUUUAUUAUAUAUUACUUAAUAGCAGAUUAUUAAAAAUUACUCUUUUGCCGGAGCGGUAAACUUCAAAUCAUACUGUCAGACACGCGUCAGCGCUAAUGACACGUGAUAAUAUCGUGGAGUCGAUACGAGGUGCAGGACGCCUGCGAAAGAGUAUCCCGGGAACAAGAGUUAUGUGUAAUCAUCGUCGUCCUCGUAACUCCCUCAGCCGUUUUUUAAUAUUUAACUUCCUUACAUCGUUCACGUCCCGCUUGAUACUGCGCAUUACAACUUAAUGCCCCCAAAUCUGUAUUCUCAUUAAAUCCGUCGAA